UGUAAAUCAAUUGAUGAAAGAAAACCAUGCCUUCGGAAGAAGAUCCUUCGACGUUUUGUAACACAGACUAUACCUGCUAUGCCGAGCUCGUAGGUUUUCUUCUUCCAUAUUGGAUUUUCUUGCUUUUCUGUGGCCCGCUACGCUAUUCCGAAGUUGUGGCCUCGGCUAUCUGUGCGACCCCGAAGAAGCUCCCUCGGAUUCAUCUGGCGAAACGCGUUUUACUGCUGACCUUGUGCGGGAUUUCUUUCUUACUCUUUUGUGGCUGCGUGGCGCACUAUGGAUUCUUUGAAAG